GCUGUGGAACUGCACAAGUGCUGUCUCAGCUCCAGCAGUGGCUCAUGGAGCUCUACGAGACCCCAUCACGGCAGCUGGACAAGUUCAUCGAUGAGAAGCUGCAGCCUAACAGCGUAUACCUGGAGCAACUAAGCCACGCUGUGCACACUAUCUGCGAGUUCCUGCGGGACAACUGUUUUGCAGGAACAUCUUCACCUAGAACGCGGGUCCUCAAGGUUGUCAAGGGUGGCUCUGCAGGCAAAGGCACGGCCCUCAAAAAGAGCUCUGAUGCUGAUCUCGUGGUGUUUCUCGACUGCUUCAAGAACUAUAAGGACCAGGAGGAAAAACGGACAGAAAUCAUCCAUGAGAUUCGAAGCAGGCUGGUGGAGUGCCAGCAGCAGAAGCGUUUUGAGGUGGAGUUUGAAGUGAAUAGUUGGUCAAAGCCCCGUGUGCUGAGCUUCCAGCUGAGCUCCAGGACACUCUCUGAGUCUGUCACCUUCGAUGUGCUGCCAGCCUAUGACGCGCUACACCACCUUGUCUCUGGCUACAAGGUCAGCCCCACAGUUUACAUCCAGCUUAUCCAGCAGUGCAGUCAAGGGGGUGAAUUCUCCACCUGCUUCACGGAGCUGCAACGAGACUUCAUCAUUAGCCGCCCCACCAAAGUGAAGAGCCUGAUCCGCCUAGUAAAGCACUGGUACAAGGAGUACAUCCGUCCGCACAAGAAGGCGUUGAGAGAUGGUGAGGCCCUGCCACCGAAGUAUGCUCUGGAGCUCCUGACAGUAUACGCCUGGGAGUGGGGGAGUGGGGAAGCAAAGUUCAGCAUGGCCGAGGCCUUCCGCACAGUGCUGGAGCUGCUAAAGCAGUAUGAGAAGCUCUGUGUCUACUGGACUGUCAACUAUGACUUCGAGAAUGCAACUCUGAAUAAUUACCUGUCGCAGCAGCUCAGCAAAAGGCCCGUCAUCCUCGACCCGGCUGACCCGACAAAUGUUGUGGGCAAGGGGAGCCGCUGGGAUGUGGUGGCGAAGGAAGCUGCAAAUUGCUGUAGGCAGCAAUGCUGCCUGCGCGGUGACGGAAUGGCUGUGCAACCAUGGGAUGUGCCGCCUGAGCAAGUGCGCUGGAAAAGCAAGGGUAUGCAGAAAUAGAGGUCGGCUGAAGACCUGUGCAGUCUGCUGUCAUCCCUUUGUGAAACUGCUCAGUCCUAUUGCAGUGUUCCCUGACUCCCCACAAGCGCUGUGGGGAGAAACAUCCGUGUGAGGGCGAGCAGAGCCCACCCUGCAGAGCUGGAGGUGCCUCCCUGGCUGGCAGGUGGGAGCAUUUCCUGCCUUCAUCUCUGGGCAGGCAAGCCCUUCCCUGCACAAGCAAUGCAGCUCCUCACCCCCAGCUGUCGCCAGCUCUGCCCUGCUCCCCAGGAGCACCGCAAGGGCCUGGCGUCAUGCAUUACCUGGAGCAGAGGGAAUACCUGGAGGGAUGGCAGGGGCAUCCCCUGCCAGUCGUCCACCCCACUCUGCAGGGCCGGGAGGUUCACUGACUCACCCUUCAGCCCCCCUUCCUGCUCCAGCUGCACCUCCUCCUCAAUAAAU